AUAUAACUACGAAGGAGUAAUGCAGAGAAUUUGAAACCAAUCCACAGAUCGAUUUUGCAGAACAAAUCUGUGCUUUGAAUCGUAGCGAGGAUGAGGAAGUGGUCGAUCCCUUCCGUACUCUUUCUCCUAUGCCUUCUCGCUCUCUUUCCAGAUCAAGGUCGGAAGCUACACGCAAAUGCGGAAGGUAAUUCUGAAGGACUUGUAGAUCCACCUAAGGUAGAAGAAAAGAUCGGUGCUGUUCCAAAUGGUUUAUCCACGGAUUCCGAUGUUGUCAAGAGGGAAGCUGAGUCAAUGUCAAAGAGAUCACUCCGCAGUAAUGCUGAGAAAUUCGAGUUUCAGGCUGAGGUGUCUCGGCUCAUGGACAUCAUUAUCAACUCUCUUUACAGCAACAAAGAUAUUUUCCUGAGGGAGUUAAUCUCCAAUGCUUCUGAUGCGCUGGACAAGAUUAGGUUCCUUGCACUCACUGACAAGGAAGUUUUGGGUGAAGGUGAUAAUACUAAGCUUGAGAUCCAGAUCAAAUUAGACAAAGAAAAGAAAAUUCUUUCUAUUCGUGAUAGAGGGAUAGGUAUGACGAAGGAGGAUUUGAUUAAGAACUUGGGAACCAUAGCCAAAUCUGGAACAUCAGCUUUUGUGGAGAAAAUGCAAACAAGUGGAGACCUUAAUCUCAUUGGUCAGUUUGGUGUUGGGUUCUACUCAGUAUAUCUUGUUGCUGACUAUGUUGAAGUUGUUAGCAAACAUAAUGAUGACAAACAGUAUGUAUGGGAAUCAAAGGCUGAUGGAGCAUUUGCUAUUUCUGAGGAUGUUUGGAAUGAGCCACUUGGGCGUGGAACUGAAAUCAGAUUGCAUCUUAGAGAAGAAGCUGGGGAGUACUUGGAGGAGAGCAAAUUAAAGGAUUUGGUGAAGAAAUACUCAGAGUUCAUCAAUUUCCCCAUAAACCUUUGGGCAAGCAAAGAGGUUGAUGUUGAGGUUCCAGCAGAUGAAGAUGAAGAAGAGGAAACACCUGAAGGCAGCUCUUCUGAAGAAGGCGAGGAUGAAGAAAGUGACAAAGGGGAAGAUGAAGAUGGUGAGAAGAAACCAAAGACAAAGAAAGUGAAGGAAACAACUUACGAAUGGGAGCUUUUGAAUGAUAUGAAAGCUAUAUGGCUAAGGAGUCCAAAGGAGGUGACAGAUGAAGAGUACGCAAAAUUCUACCACUCUCUGGCCAAGGACUUCAGUGAUGAGAAGCCUCUUGCAUGGAGUCACUUCACUGCGGAAGGUGAUGUGGAGUUCAAGGCUGUAUUGUUUGUACCACCUAAUGCUCCUCAAGAUUUGUAUGAGAGUUACUAUAAUGCCAACAAAUCCAACUUGAAGUUAUAUGUUAGAAGGGUCUUUAUCUCAGAUGAAUUUGAUGAACUUUUACCAAAGUAUCUUAGCUUUUUGAAGGGUCUUGUUGAUUCUGACACCUUACCACUUAAUGUAUCACGAGAAAUGCUUCAACAACACAGCAGCUUGAAAACAAUCAAGAAGAAACUCAUACGAAAGGCCCUAGAUAUGAUCCGAAAGAUUGCUGAAGAAGAUCCUGAUGAAUCCUAUGGCGAAGACAAGAAAGAUGUUGAAGAAUCUGGUGACGACAAUGAGAAGAAGGGGCAAUAUACAAAGUUCUGGAAUGAGUUUGGAAAAUCAAUAAAACUUGGUAUCGUUGAGGAUGCGGCUAACAGAAACCGCUUGGCAAAACUUCUCAGAUUUGAGAGUACGAUGUCAGAUGGUAAAUUAACUUCACUGGAUCAGUAUAUUAAAAGAAUGAAACCUGGUCAGAAGGAUAUUUUCUACAUAACAGGAACUAGCAAGGAUCAAUUGGAGAAAUCUCCAUUCCUUGAGAGGCUUACUAAGAAAAAUUAUGAGGUCAUUUUCUUCACGGAUCCUGUGGAUGAAUACUUGAUGCAAUACCUGAUGGAUUAUGAAGAUAAGAAGUUCCAGAACGUGUCCAAGGAGGGCCUGAAACUUGGGAAAGACUCCAAGGAUAAGGAACUCAAGGAGUCAUUCAAGGAAUUGACCAAAUGGUGGAAGGGUGCUCUUGCCAGUGAGAAUGUGGAUGAUGUGAAGAUAAGCAACCGUCUUGCCGACAGCCCUUGUGUGGUCGUGACAUCGAAGUUUGGCUGGAGUGCCAAUAUGGAGAGGAUCAUGCAAUCACAGACUCUGUCAGAUGCUAAGAAGCAGGCGUACAUGCGUGGCAAGAGGGUGCUUGAGAUCAACCCAAGGCAUCCAAUUAUCAAAAAGCUUAGGGAGAGCAUAGUAAAGGACCCUGAGAAUCAGAGCUUGAAGGAUACAGCCCACCUCAUGUACCAAACGGCACUGAUGGAGAGUGGCUUUGUUGAGGUACUCAAUAACCCCAAGGUUUUUGCUUCCCGUAUCUAUAACUCGGUGAAGACUAGUCUGGAUGUUAGCCCCGAUGAGACUGUAGAGGAGGAAGAUGAUGCUGAAGAAGCUGAGGCUGAAUCUGAGACGAAAGAAGAAGCAUCUGAGCCUUCUGGCGGCAUCAAGGACGAGUUGUAGAUUUCCUGAACUGAACGAAGAUCACUUCUAGUUUUCCAUUAGGAGGGGACUGUAUUUCUUGUGUCCAGUCUCUUGAGAGAAUCCCAGAGACCACUACAUACUAUUUUGUUUUUGUUUGCUCACUCGUGUAAGAUUCGGUUAGAGAGAAUGUUAGAUUAAAUCAUAGACCUGUAAUACUAUCAGGAUUUUGCCUCUUGCAUUAAGGUUUACUAGAAUUUGUCUUGA